AUGAAUGUGGCGGAUAUGCUGACCAAAUGGGGUAACGACCCGGAUAUGACGUCAGAAAGCGAUUGGGUACGAGGACCAUCAUUCCUGUACGAAAGUGAAGAAUCCUGGCCGAAUGAUGAAAUACCACCUGCGAAUACAUUAGAAGAGAUACGAGCCCAUUUACUCCUGCAUCGAGUGAGCGUACCUGAGCUGCGUAUCGACGUGUCACGAGCCAGUAAGGAGUUUACUAGCACGAUCGAAGAGAUUGAACAUCAAUGGGCCGAUCAGUUCACGGCUGCAAGGACGAAGUGGACUUUCAAUCCACCGGCGGCUCCCCACAUGGGCGGUGUGUGGGAACGUCUGGUGAGAUCCGUGAAGACAGCGAUGUCCGUUUUAGAAGAUGGCCGGCGACUAACAGAUGAAAUCCUGCAAACAGUGAUCGUAGAGGCGGAAGAUAUGAUCAAUUCACGACCUCUUACGACGGUUAUUCAAGACGAAGGGGAUGAGGUAGCACUUACACCGAAUCUCUUCCUGCGGGGAUAUUCUUCAAGUGAUUCUCAAGACAUGCCGACCACCGAUGUAAAAGGCGCUUUGAAGGAUGACUAUCUGCGAACCCAACAGCUCUCAAAUGAACUCUGGAGCCGUUGGAUUAGAGAAUAUGUGCCGAGCCUCAACAUCAGAACCAAGUGGUUUGGAGAGACGAAGCCGCUGGAAGCUGGAGAUCUGGUGUACAUCGUGGAUGGUGACCACCGCAAGAACUGGGUUCGUGGUGUAGUGGAGGAGCCUAUCGUAUCGAAGGAUGGCAGAAUACGCCAAGCAUGGAGGGUAACUACAGUUUAG